GAACCGUUGGGAACCCCUGGAUUAAUUGAUCAUUGUCUCAUUUGAUGUAUUCUUUUUUUUUUCAUCAGUUCUGAAGAAUACAGCACUGUACCACUCAGUGGACCCCAAAUUCAUCCGAAUGGAAAAUGUUCAUCCUCUAUAAUAACAAGUAACCCAGGUAACUGUCUAUUCAGAAGUAACCACAACAUAUUUGCGUACUAAAAAUAAAGUACUUUGCAUAAAUUGUGAUGAAAAUGCUGGCAAACUAUAAUAGGCUUCUCAUUUUACAAAUGCAUUACCUGGUAAAUUUCGUUUGGACUUUAAAUUGUUGGCCAUUUCUGUCCAGAUUAUUUUGUUUUGCAUGUAUUUCUGAUGUGCAUUUUUUCUAUUCAAAAACCUGUUACGAUAUGAAAAAUUAAAUCAAAUUCAAGAUCAAGAGCUAGAUCAGUAAACUGAUAAACAAUGAACGGCAAAAAUUUCAGUACCGUUACCACAACAUAUGAACAUUUCCUGCUAAAACCACUGAUAACUGCAAGAAAUUCCUCCCGAUAGUGUCUGUAAUCUGUUUGUGUGUGGUGUCAUUUUUUUAACUCGCUUCAUCACAUGUGAAACCUGAUUGGUGAGAAGGCGUGCAUUGUUAGUAACCUGACCUCAGGUGUUGUCUUGUUAAGCAGCGAGUUCCUUGUUUUUUUUGUCAGUAUAUGACAGGAGAGACAGAGGCGAGGUGAUCAGACGGACUGAUCUGUUCUUGAACACACAUCAUACAGAUGCUUCAGCGCUUUCUUCUCACCGCUAGUCAUGUCUUCUGUAUGUCCUUGUUGUCCCGAUCAUAAAGGAGAAGAUGUGUCCAUACCGUUGGUGGUUGGAGAGGCACGUCUCGCUCCAGCCCAGGACCUGUGGAGCACAGCCAGUGACCAAGCUGUCAAACUGAGGAUGGAGACGUCCGGACCGGGCUCGGAACCUUCGAUGACCAUCCAUCAGAUGUUUAAGGCUACGCUGCAGAAGUACGGAGACUUUCCUGCCCUUCGUGAAAAGAUAAAUGGAAUUUGGGUCACCCUGACAUAUAAGGAGUACUAUCAGCAUUCCAGAGCAGCUGCCAAAAGCUUCUUGAAGCUCGGCCUGAAGCGAUUCCAUGGAGUCGGUAUCCUUGGCUUCAAUUCCCCUGAAUGGUUUAUAGCCGACGUUGGAUGCAUCCUGGCAGGGGGACUUGCCACCGGAAUCUACACAACCAACAGUCCAGAAGCAUGCCAGUAUGUCGCUGAAAACUGUGAAGCUAAUGUUCUGGUGGUCGAAAACCACAAACAACUGAUUAAAAUCCUCCAGAUCAGAGAUCAGCUACCACAUCUGAAGGCUAUCGUUCAGUACAAGGGUGAACUGGAGCAGAAGUUAGCAGAUGUGUUUACGUGGGCUGAAUUCAUGAAGAUUGGUAAAGACGUCCCAGACGCAGAACUGGACGCAGUGAUCGACAGUCUGAAGUCUAACGAGUGCUGCACGCUCAUCUACACAUCAGGGACCACCGGUAAUCCCAAAGGGGUCAUGCUCAGUCACGACAACAUCACGUGGACGGCCAGUGCAGCGGGCGCCAUGACCCGACAGAGGAUGGGUGAGGAGGCGGUGGUCAGCUAUCUGCCUCUGAGUCACGUGGCGGCCCAGAUGAAUGACAUGUGGAUCUGCAUGAGGUUCGCAGCUACGACCAAUUUUGCCGACCCGGACGCCCUUAAGGGCUCUCUAGGUAACACUCUGAAAGAGGUGCGUCCCACGAGUUUCUUGGGAGUUCCUCGAGUCUGGGAAAAAAUGCAAGAAGCGAUGAAAGCCGUCGGUGCCAAGUCAACCGUGAUGAAGAAGAAGAUCGGCGACUGGGCCAAGGGAAUCGGUCUUACGUCGAGCUACAGUGCCAUGAACGGCGAUUCCUCCGUGCCCUGGGGUUUCACGGUGGCAAAUAGCCUGGUGUACAAGAACGUUCGGAAAGCUCUGGGUCUGGACCGCUGCCGGGCCUGCUUCACGGGUGCAGCUCCCAUCACCAAAGACACCCUGGAGUAUUUCAUGAGCCUGUACAUUCCCAUCUUCGAGCUGUACGGUAUGAGCGAGAGCUCGGGACCUCACACCCUCUCCUGGAAUCAGGACUACCGGAUCAUGAGCUGUGGGAAGGUGAUGAUAGGCUGCAAAACCAAACUAGAUAAAGAGGACGCCGACGGGAAUGGAGAGAUCUGUUUCUGGGGGAGACACGUGUUCAUGGGAUACCUCAACAUGCCGGAGAAGACGGAAGAGGCUUUGGAUGCGGAGGGAUGGCUGCACUCGGGAGACCUCGGCAAACAUGACGACAAUGGCUUUCUGUACAUCACAGGCAGGAUUAAAGAAAUAAUCAUCACUGCUGGCGGUGAAAACAUACCACCAGUACCUACUGAGGACGCUAUAAAGGAGGAAGUGUCAAUAAUCAGCAAUGCCAUGUUAAUUGGGGACAAAAAGAAGUUUUUGUCCAUGCUUCUCACACUUAAGUGUAAUGUUGAUGAGAAUGGCGAGCCCACAGAUGAACUGACCCCGCUGGCUGUGGAAUUCUGCCGGCAGCGUGGCGUCACCGCUAGCAAAGUCUCGGAGAUCAUUAACAACCAAGAGCCAGCCAUCUACAAAGGCAUCCAGGAGGGCAUGGACCGUGUGAACGCCAGAGCACCAUCCAACGCUCAGAGAGUCCAGAAAUGGACCAUCCUUUCACAAGACUUCUCUAUAUCCGGGGGAGAACUCGGUCCAACUAUGAAGCUGAAGAGGCCUGUCGUCACUAAAAUGUAUCAGGAGAAAUCAACAAAUUCUAUGGAGAAUAACACAAGAGAGACAUUUGAAAGGAACUAAACUAUUAAACGUGUUAAAGCAACCUUAGAUGACAACACCGGGACGUCAUCUCUGUGGACUCCAGGGCUUCAGGAAGCAAGCCCGCCAAUUCAGCAUCUGCUGCUGAACACAAUGAACUAUAGAAACUGUGAUUCCGGCAACGCAUACCUUUGUAGUCUCGAUCGAUCAUUAGAAACACUAUUUUGUAUUGUAUAUUCUGUACAAUACUUAUAUAUGAGAUGAUUGUGCAUAUUAUUGUUAAUCUAAGGAAAACUUUGACUGUUUUGAGAUCUUUACAGGGUUAUAUUGCUGCUCGCAAUACACAUUAAUACACAGUAUUGUUUAACGUACAGAACGAGAUUUGUCUCGCCAAGUUUCAUCACUUAUGAUUGGAGCUUGUCAGCCGGAAUAUAUAAAUGAACACUAUAUUCAUAAAUAAAAUAUAUAUUUGGAUAUACUUAAAACAGAA